UAUGUAUGUAGACAUCUUUUUUUCUGGCACGUUGAUUGGUUUUUCGAAUCUUUUAAACUUAUAAAUCAAGCACCUUCCUUUUUAUUUCACUAAUAUCUCCAAAAAAAAAAAAACUAUAUAUAAAGCCCCCUCCUUUGCAAUAUUUUCAAAUCAUUCACCACAUAUAUUUAAUUUCUUCACUCAACAUACAACAUUUUCUUAAAAAAAAAAAAAAUUAUGUCUUCUAGAAGUACUUGUGAACCACUUGCAGUAGGCAGAGUAAUAGGUGAAGUAGUAGACAGUUUUAGUCCAAGUGUGAAAAUGAAAGUUAUAUACAAUGGGAGAAAACAAGUCUCUAAUGGCCAUGAGAUUAUGCCUGCUGUUGUUGCAACUCAACCUCGCGUCGAAAUUGGUGGCGAAGACAUGAGAUCUGCUUAUACACUCAUCAUGACGGACCCUGAUGCUCCAAGUCCUAGUGAUCCAUACUUGAGGGAACAUCUCCACUGGAUUGUGACGGAUAUACCUGGUACAACUGACAUUUCAUUUGGAAGGGAGAUAGUGUGCUACGAGACGCCAAAGCCGGUAAUUGGGAUCCAUCGUUAUGUAUUUUUGUUGUAUAAACAGAGAGGAAGGCAAACAGUGAGAGCACCAGCAACAAGGGAUCAGUUCAAUACGAGGAGUUUUUCGGCGGAAAAUGGAUUGGGUUCCCCUGUUGCUGCUGUUUAUUUCAAUGCCCAGAGAGAAACUGCAGCCAGAAGAAGAUGAAUUUUCACACACACACAAAAUAAGCUAAAAUGCACUUUGCAAAGUACACAGACAAAAGUAGUACUGCCCCAGGGCCUCACUGAUUGGUUUAAGAGAUUCUAAGUGUCAUUCUCAAGCAUAUUGUAACCAAUUAUAUUAUAUAUAUAUACAUAUGGUGUUUGUCCUACUCA